AUGGACAUCGACCAACUUCCCACAACAGACGCAAUAUCCAGCCCGCCUCCGGCCUUACAGGACGAAGAAGCCCACCUCAAAGCACGCACCUCGGACUCCAAAUUCUGGCUCGACUUCUCCCUCUUCGACGACGGCCUUGAAGCCCCACGCGCGGAGUCUCUCACGACCCUUUCGCACUUUCACCGCUUUCCGGACCUGCCGCCGGAGAUCCGCCUCAAGAUAUGGUCUUACCUCAUCGCCCCCCGCGUCGUGACGGCCUGCUGCUUCGAGCGCGAUGCUAGGCUGCCUGCCCGGCGUGAGGCGUUUGCGAAACGUUCUCUCGCCGCACCCUGUUUCCCCUCCUCCUCCGCAUGUUCCGCCACAAAUACAAUGCUAGAUUGUAGCCCAAUAAGAGAAGAAACACCAGGAGGGGUGACAGGGGAGGGAACGACAGGAGGAGGAACAAUAGGAGAGUGUACGACAGGAGGAACAAUGGAAAGAGAAGCGCCAGGGACAGAGACCAAAGAAGAACAAGACAAACGGAUCUUCAACCCAACAUGCCCCCUCAUCCUCCUCAUCAGCCGCGAAUCCCGCGCCCUCGGCCUAAAACACUACGAACUCGCCUUCGGCUGGCGCAUCUCGGCCCUCCUGUCCGACACCCCCAUCGCCCGGCCCCCGCGCGUCUGGUUCAACUUCGCCCUCGACGCCCUCUACCUCGUCGGCGAGCUCGAGGCCUACGACCAGUACGGCUUCAACAGCCCCAUGGUGUAUUUCCUGCGCAAGGAGGACACGAGGCGCGUGCGGCACGUCGCCUGCGCGUUUGAGGAGCUGCAUUACCCCGAGCAGGAGUCGGAUCAGAUCUUUGGGUGCCUAUGGCACGUUGUCGAUCGGUUCGCGGGCGCGAAGCGGUUGAUGGUUGCUGUCACGCCGAGGGACGAGGAGGGGAUGAAGGGGUGUCUUAUGUUGAGCCCGGACAAUAUCAUGCAGAAGAUUUGGAACGGGUGGAUUCUGGGGACGACGGUGACGAGCUCUAGUCUGGCGGAUACGCAGAUUUUGAUGGUGAGGGAGGGCGAUCUGGCUGAUGUUAUGGCGUGUCAUGCCGAAGAAGACGAGGAGAAGGGGGCCAAGAAAUCGGCCGUGACGGUGUGCCCUUAG